AUGAAAAGAAAAGCAACAAGCAAACCGAUGCAAGAAAUUAUGGCAAAAGUAGUUGAAUUCUACGCGGAUUGGCUUGAAUUUGUAGUAUUCCCUGAAGAGGUAAUAUUGAAUGAACCAGUUGAACGAUGGCCGCUAUGUGAUUGUUUGAUCAGUUUUCAUGCAACUGAUUUUCCUUUGCAUAAAGCUAUCGAAUAUGAACGUUUAAGGCACCCAUAUGUUAUCAAUGAUUUACAUAGGCAGUAUGAUUUGUUAGAUCGACGCAAAGUUUUUAGAGCUUUGGCCCGCGCAGGUAUUAAGCAUCCUCGUCAUGGUGUUCUCCUACGUGAUGAGGAAGGAAAAGUUGAAGGCACGUUGAAGGAAUUUAGUGAUCAUAUCGAAGUCAAUGGAAUGGUGUUCAACAAGCCGUUUGUGGAAAAACCAUUAUCUGCUGAGGAUCAUAAUGUAUACAUCUAUUAUCCAAGUUCUGUUGGUGGUGGCUCACAACGUUUGUUUAGAAAGAUAAAUAAUCGCAGCAGUUGGUACUCUCCGGUAAGCACAGUUCGUCGGGAAGGUUCUUACAUUUACGAAGAUUUCAUACCGGCGGAUGGCAUUGAUGUUAAGGUUUAUGCCGUGGGUCCUUAUUAUGCUCAUGCAGAAGCUAGAAAAGCACCUGGUUUGGAUGGGAAAGUUGAACGUGAUUCACAUGGAAAAGAAGUUCGUUAUCCAGUUAUUUUGAGCAGCAAGGAGAAGUUAAUCGCAAGAAAAGUGGUUAUGACGUUUGGGCAAACUGUUUGUGGCUUUGAUUUGCUGCGUGCAAAUGGCAAAUCUUUCGUCUGUGAUGUUAAUGGGUUCUCAUUUGUCAAAACUUCAACAAAAUAUUAUGAGGACACGGCUAAAAUUUUAGGGAAUACUAUAUUACGGCGAUUGGCAUCAUCAAUGAGUAUACCAUGGCAAAUUCCAUAUCAGGAUGGUUG